AGAGAGAGAGGGUGGACAAAUCAAUUCUGUUCACUAAAAUUACCUCUCUCUCAAAUAUCCUAUAAAAUCACCUCUCUCUCAAAUAUCCUAUCGAUUCGUGCGCUGAUUGUUUUUCUUCUCUUCCUCAAUAUAUAUAUAUAUAUAUAUUCUACACUUUGAUAUUCUUCUUUUCUCUCAAAUAUUAUCAAUACACAAGUACCUUGAUUUCUCAAAUUGCUUGUUCUCUGAGCUUACAGUUUUGUGUGAUUGAAUUGUCAGAGAGUUUUGGGUGAAACCUGCUUAUUAAGCUUGGAAGAUGGAGUCUGGUGGAUGGACCAUAAAGAAAAGAUCCAAUUCUAGCAAUGACUCUUUAUCAAGAGAAUAUGUGGCUGAAACUGGGAGUCUCUCCAUUGUUUUACUCGGUGCUUCAGGUGAUCUUGCCAAGAAAAAGACUUUUCCAGCCCUCUUCAACCUUUAUCGUCAGGGAUUUUUGAAUCCUGAUGAAGGUCAUAUAUUUGGCUAUGCGAGGACCAAGAUUUCAGAUGAUGAGUUGAGAAAUCGCAUACGUGGAAAUCUUGUCCCAGGAAAGGGUGCUUCAGGUGAGCAACUGGAAGAAGUAUCAAAGUUUCUGCAAUUGAUAAGAUAUGUAAGUGGCUCCUAUGAUUCUGAAGAGGGUUUUCAGUUACUAGAUAAGGAAAUAUCUAAGCAUGAAUUCUCAAAAAAUACUAAGGAAGGAUCAUCUCGUAGACUCUUUUACCUUGCGCUUCCACCAUCAGUAUAUCCGUCUGUCUGCAAAAUGAUCAGGAAUUAUUGCAUGAACAAAUCUGAUCUUGGUGGAUGGACUCGAAUUGUUGUUGAGAAGCCUUUUGGCAAGGAUUUGGACUCGUCUGAGCAACUGAGUGCACAGAUUGGAGAGUUAUUUGAUGAACAACAGAUUUAUCGUAUUGAUCAUUAUUUGGGAAAGGAAUUGGUGCAAAACUUGUUGGUACUUCGUUUUGCAAAUCGCUUUUUCCUGCCACUGUGGAAUCGUGACAACAUUGACAAUGUACAGAUUGUGUUUAGGGAGGAUUUUGGAACUGAGGGUCGGGGUGGAUAUUUUGAUGAAUAUGGAAUCAUUCGUGAUAUUAUUCAAAAUCAUCUAUUGCAGAUUCUUUGCCUAAUUGCUAUGGAGAAGCCUAUUUCUCUUACACCUGAGCAUAUUCGAGAUGAAAAAGUGAAGGUUCUUCAAUCGGUGCUUCCGAUUGAAGAUGAAGAAGUUUUGCUCGGACAAUAUGAUGGCUACACUGAUGACCCAACAGUUCCAGACAACUCAAAUACUCCCACUUUUGCAACUAUGAUUCUGCAAAUUCACAAUGAAAGAUGGGAAGGUGUUCCGUUUAUACUCAAGGCAGGGAAAGCAUUAAAUUCUAGGAAGGCAGAAAUCCGUAUUCAAUUUAAAACCGUUCCUGGUGAUAUAUUCAAAUGUCAAAAGCAAGGAAGGAAUGAAAUCGUAAUCCGCCUGCAACCUUCAGAGGCCAUUUACAUGAAGGUUACGGUCAAGCAGCCUGGCUUGGAAAUGUCGACCAUUCAAAGUGAAUUAGACUUGUCAUAUCAGCAACGUUACCAUGGUGUUACCAUUCCAGAGGCUUAUGAGCGUCUAAUUCUUGACACUAUAAGGGGAGAUCAGCAGCAUUUUGUUCGCAGAGACGAGUUAAAGGCUGCAUGGGAGAUUUUUACGCCUUUGCUCCACAGAAUAGAUAAUGGAGAGGUCAAGCCAAUUCCAUACAGGCCAGGCAGCCGAGGACCAGAGGAAGCAGACCAGUUGCUUGAAAGGGCUGGUUAUGUUCUAACACACGGCUACUCCUGGGUCCCUCCCACCUUGUAGAAGCGUAACGCUUUCGUAAGUAAUCUUCUAGAACCUUCUAUGCUGGGUUUUUGUCAGAGCCCACCUGUAACCAUCUACAUGUUUACACCGUCAUAUGAUCUUUACCUUGAUGGGCUAUUCAUACAGAACAUAAACAUUGUCAUGUGAUUAACACUCGUGUAAUAAAAAGGAACUUUGUUUUGUUCACAAUUUUUCAUUGGAAGCAUUGGUAGGUAGGUGGCUUUAAACGACGCGUUAAGUUGCUAAUUGACAGUGACAAUUAUGUGAUCCUGCAUAUUAUAAUUAUUUAGAGGCUGUAUAAGAAUUAUAAAUUGGAUUGGCAUU